AUGGAUUCUUGCGAAAUGUUGGAUCCUGAGAUUCAUAAUGACGAAUCAAAUCAAAUAUUGCAUGAAUUAAUUACAAAAUUUGAUUUAUUAAACCAACAGCUUGUUGACGACGACCAACUCGCCGCGCUCAUUAACACUUGGCUUGAAGAAAACAGAUUUGACGCCACGAAUAUAUUUAAGCUUGUUUGUUCAAAUAUAGAAAAAAUAAGGACACCUUCAUUACUUGGAAUCUUUUAUAGUUUUGGCAUUGGAACUCCGCGAAAUGAAAUAUCUGCUUUACGCUGGUUCGACAUAGCUGCAAAACUCCAUGACCCAUUAUCUCAAUGCAUGAUAGGCCAAUGGUUUCAAGAUCAACAUGAUUUCAAUAGGGCAUUUCAUUGGUAUAAACUUUCAGCAACCCAAAAUCAUCCACAUAGCCAAUUCCUCCUCGCUUCUCUUAUUUGCGUAAGAUGUACUGACAACAUUGAACAUAAUCAAGAAAAAGCAUUCGAGUGGAUGUUAAAAGCUGCUUCAAAAAAUCAUCUAAAAGCCCAAUAUUUUCUCGGUAAUUUUUACUACCAUGGUACUGGAAUACCAUCUAAUUACGAGAAAGCAUUUAGUUGGUACAAAAUAGCAGCGAGUCGUGGUCAUGAAAAAGCAAUUAACGAAGUCGCUGAGUGUUAUGAAAGGGGUUGCGGCACCGUUUGUAAUACACGAAAAGCCUUCUAUUGGUAUCUCAAAGCAGCGAGUUUCAAUGGUUUCGAAUCCUGCGAUUCAAAAUUAACAGUAGCUGAAUAUUAUAACAAUGGAUUCGGUACGGAAAAAGAUAUUCAUCAGAAACUUAAGUGGUAUCGUAGAGCAUCUCGUUAUAAAUCAAUAUCCUUUUAA